GAACAUCAUCGAACACCGCCAAUUCGCAGCUAAGCAUUCCAAGCACCACUUCCCAACUCUUCAAUUUGUUCCAGGCAGUAAAAUCUCCAACUUUGAGAAAAGAGCAGGAUGUUCCAACCCCAGUGUUAGCGUGCACUCUCUUACCCGUACGAGGAAAUGCUCGCCGUCUUAAGACCAACCCCCUACACUAGACCUACUAGACCUUCUUUGAACCCCUUUCCUCGAUACAUCCGCAGAUCAUCGAAGAAGUCCUUCCCCGACUUCAGGUACUUGAUUUCCCGGUUCAAGGCUUUACAAGAUAGCCGGCCGGGCAACUGUUCAACGGACAUGCCUAAGAAACACGAAACCCCCUCCUCCAAACCACCCAAGUCCUCAAGCACUCGAGCCAACUCAGACCUUGUAGUGAGACAAGCAUCAGGAACACACAGCAACAGACUCCCAUCCCCAACUGACAGCAGUGGGGGAGGAAGUGAGGCGCAAAGUGCCUCUCAGAGAUCAUCACCUUCACCAAUACCUCCGUCUCGCAGAUCCGAUCCAGCACAACGGUCUGCUCGCGCCACUGACUUAAUCGGUCGACAUCGGACGAGUCCCGUGCCAGCCACGAAUAUCGACAACUACCUGGCGCAUCGCAAGAAAGCAUUCAUCAAAGUCUUUAUGGCGAAGGUCGAAGACUGGCUUGAUGACAACGUCUGUCCCAGCGAUGAGGCCUACGAGCAGGACGGGGACUGCCAGCAGGGUUCAAAGUCUUCUAGGUCCGGAGGUAUCAAAAGGCGGGCUGCUGAACAACGCCCUAUGGCUGGUCAGAAGCGCCAACUAAAGGGGCGUGAUCAAGAAGAUGACGACGCCUCGGAGAACGACGAGAGCAACGACCGAAACCGAAACAAGAAGCGCACCAAGACAGACGAAGAUGAUGAUCGUCGAAAGUUUGCGUGCCCCUUCUACAAGCACGAUCCUGCCAGAUACAAGAGUCAUCGAACCUGCGUUGGCCCUGGCUGGCAUGAGAUUCAUCGCAUGAAGGAACACAUCUAUCGCAAACAUCGCGUUUUCACCUGCACCAGAUGCUUUGAGGCGUUCAAGAGCGACAGCCAGCUCCAGGACCACCUAAGAGCAGUUGUCGCUUGCCCUGUGCGCGACAAGAAGACGCGCAAGCUAGACCCAAGCGCAGGAUUAGACCAGGAUACGGAGAAGCAUCUCAGAGCGCGUGUGGCCAGUAAGAAGGACGAUGUCGACAAGUGGUACGAAGUAUAUUACAUUUUGUUCCCUGGAACGCAAGACGUGGACAAUCCUCCAAGUCCUUGCGACUCCAACUCUGAGGCUCUGAAGCGCCAGUAUGUUAAGUUCUUGCGACGUGAGAUGCCCAACAUGAUUCAACGCGAACUUGAAAGUGAGCUUGACCGCCACUUCGAGGGUUUCGAGGAAGGUAUCAUGAACCGCCUCGUGGGCUGGAUCCGGGCUUCCUCGGCCAGAUGUGCCGACAUCUUUGAGAACAUACCCUCGCCAUCGCAAGCGGCAGCUCUGGGUGACCCAGAAACUGCGCGACCCGGGUCUCGAGCGAGCUCGCCAGCGGCCCUCGAAACCGACUUGACCGUUGGCGACGGCGCCAGUGUCUUGGAGGGCAUGGAGCCAUGGGCUUUUGGAUAUCCGGAUUUCGACUGGCGCACCUUUCCCAGCUUUGACCAGUAUAAUAUGCCCCAAAGCUUCGCAUCAUCGGACGACCAGUGCCUCACUGACCCCGACUCGGCCUACGGAACUGGUAGCAUUGAGGACCCUCUUGGUGCUCGGCAAAACUACAUGUGAGAGCAAGCGAAAUACCUUGUUCGCAGCGGAUGCCAGGUUUUUUCUGGGCGCCUAUACGUUAUUAGUACAUCACAAUGGUUGUUCGAGGCCAUGGCAUAUUGUCAUGCCCCAGCCAACUUCGAAAUCGUCCACUUUCGUUCUUUACCCACCACUCCUUUCCCGCUAU